AUGUCCAUUCGUCGAAGCGCACGCAUUGCAAAGACCAACGGUGUCGAUGCAUUGGCAGAAUCGUUGUCCAUCAAAGCGGCACCAAAACGCAAGCAGAGUGCAUCGAUCACUGAAAAAAAGACAACUGUCAAGCGACGCACCAAGAGUGUAAAGCAAGAAGCCCGUGUCAUGGGAAAGGCACCUGAGAACUGGCAAGCAGUGUACGACCGGAUACGUGAUUAUCGUAGCAAAACGACUGCACCAGUGGAUACGAUGGGUUGUGAGCGUUUAGCAGAGGAGGAUGUUUCUGAUAAAGUGUUUCGUUUCCAAACGCUCGUUUCAUUGAUGCUCUCGUCACAAACCAAGGACACUGUUACUAGUGCCGCUGUCAAGAAUAUGCAAACAACGCUCCCAGGUGGCUUGACAUUGGAAAGUAUUCUACAAGUCAGCGAGGCGGAUUUGGAUGAGAAAAUUAAGGCUGUUGGAUUCCAUCAACGAAAAGCAGGCUAUAUCAAAAAGACCGCUGUUAUUCUCCGUGACAAGUACGAUGGUGACAUACCCGAUACAAUUGAAGGAUUGAUGGAUCUUCCAGGUGUAGGACCAAAGAUGGGGUAUCUUUGUCUUCAGAUUGCAUGGAAGAUGAAUGCAGGCAUUGGCGUGGAUGUACAUGUUCAUCGUAUCAGCAACCGACUUGGCUGGUGCAAUACAGAGAAUGCACAACCUGAAGAUACACGCAAGCAACUCGAAUCAUGGUUACCCAAAGAGUAUUGGCGACCCAUCAAUCCUCUUCUUGUUGGUUUUGGACAAGUCAUGUGCUUACCGAGAGGACCGAAAUGUGGUGAAUGCCCAGUACGAGAGUAUUGCCCAUCCGCUAUUACGUCUGUCAAAAAGGUCAAAAAGGAGGUGGUGCAAAAUGACAGUGUGGCGAUCAAAGAGGAAUCGGUCGAGAAUGUAACAUUCACUGGUGAACAUGACCCUACCAUCAAGACCGAAAAUCCUUUAGAUUGGUAA